AUGAGUGAUAACGAAGAUUUUUUGCAUAAUGAAGAGGCUAUUCGCCAAGAUCCUGAUAACUUAAUUAAAUCUAAUGAUCCAAAUCACCCAGCUAACCUUAUAUGCACUCUUUGUGAACAGUUCUAUCAUAAUAAUUGGUGUACUGGUACAGCUGGUGGCAUUUCCAUAAAACAUUCCAAGUAUGAUCACAUUUAUGUUGCCCCAUCUGGUGUCCAGAAAGAAAAAAUGAAGAAGGAGGACUUGUUUGUAUUAAAUCAUGAUGGUUCAAAAAUUUUGAGAUCUCCAAAAUUCUACAAACCCAGUGACUGUACACCAUUGUUCAAAGCAUGUUUUAAUGUUAAAAAUGCAGGUGCUAUCAUUCACACGCAUUCUCAGCAUGCAGUAAUUUGCUCAUUAAUCUUCAAAGACGAAUUUAGAAUUUCAAAUAUUGAAAAUAUUAAAGCUAUUCCAAGUGGAAAGACUGAUCCUGUUACAGGAAAAUCAAUUGCAUUGUCAUAUUUCGACACAUUAAAAAUCCCAAUUAUCGAAAACAUGGCUCAUGAGAAUGAAUUGGUAGACUCAUUCCAUGAGGUGUUUAAAAAAUAUCCACAUACCACAGCUCUUAUCGUAAGAAGACAUGGUAUUUUUGUAUGGGGUCCAACUAUUGAAAAAGCAAAGAUAUUCAAUGAAGCCAUCGAUUACUUAAUGGAGCUUGCCAUCAAGAUGUAUCAGCUUGGAAUUCCUCCAGAUUGUCCGAUAGGGGAUGAACAAAAAUAUUAA